AUGUUGACUGCUGUCACCCCACUCACGCUGCACUCAGAUGCGCACGGUCCACCACGAUUGAGGCCGCGGUUGUCGACGUACGAUUACGUUAGGCACGACGAUGCUACAGCCACACCUUCCGAUGCCCUCGAAGAUGCCACUAUGCACCCAGUUUAUAUCCAUGUGGAAAACUCUCGCGCGUCAGCUCCUGGAUUGGCCUCUCAGAGAUCGGCAACGGUAGCAAGGGCCAUGGGAAAGACUUUCGGUCGCGGCAAAGCAAAGAGCCAACAGAUACCGUUGAAAGACAUUCUCAGACGCACUGAAAGCUACGACGAUCUCAUGAAACAAGUUCGCAGACCUGCAUCUCUGGACUACGCCAAAGCAUCACGCGAUCCCCUCAUGCGUAACUACGAACCACUUCGUCUCCCCGACAAAAUCGUGUCCCUGCCUGCGCCUGGGCCUUUACGGUCCCAUUCUAGCAAAAUCCUCGCUCCGACUGCAUCCUCCAGUUCAAAUGCAGGUAGCGAGAGGAACAAAGGACAGAAGCUCCUCCGUGACGCUAUGUUGGGAAAGAUGUCCGAAGCAAUCAGUUGGCAAAAUAUGGUUUACCUUGAUCUGCUGGCAAGCCCCGAUACUGUCGACAUCACCCUGAAGGAGGCCCAGAGAAGACAGCGUGCCAUCAAGUCUGAAAACGGCGAGCAACUGAAGCUCUACAGACUGCGGGCUAAAGAGGCGCGCCAGCGUAAGAAGGACGCAGAGGGUGGAAAACCAGGGAUAGGCGUGCUUUGA